UUGAAAGCAAGCGCUUGGCCAUUCUGGGCCAUGGAUACAACCUUUAGCACUUGGAAUAUUUGUUUACUGAUACCAAGCUAGUAAAGCCUAGGACUGCCGGUAAAAUUGAAGUGGCCAGAGAGGUUACAGAGUCAGGGUGAGGUGUGUUGACCAGUGAAUGCAUAGAGUCAAGAAGGUCAAGCUUUGUGACAAUACAGAGGGUAUCUGGAAAAGCUGUGUGACAGUGAGCAUGACAGCUGUAGAUGGCCUUUCGGACAGCACAGAGGUGGUAGAGAUGGAAGACGUUCCAUCUCAGUUCUAUGUGGAGAAGCACUCUUGGGAUGGCCUCCGUGACAUCAUCCACUGCAGUAGGAAAUACUCAGGAAUGAUUGCUAACAAGGCCCCCCACGACUUCCAAUUUGUGCAGAAGAGGGAUGAGAAUGGUCCCCACUCCCAUCGGUUAUACUACCUCGGAAUGCCUUAUGGAAGCAGAGAGAACUCAUUACUCUAUUCGGAAAUCCCCAAGAAGAUCCGAAAAGAGGCUCUCCUAGUUUUGUCAUGGAAACAGAUGCUGGAUCACUUUCAGGCAACACCACAUCAAGGAGCCUACUCCCGAGAGGAGGAGCUACUGAGGGAGCGAAAGCGUUUGGGAGCAUUUGGUAUCACCUCCUAUGACUACCACGCCCAGACGGGCCUGUUCCUUUUCCAGGCCAGCAAUAGCCUCUUCUACUGUCAGGAUGGAGGGAACAAUGGCUUCAUCCAGUCUGCCCCUGUAAAGCCUGUGGAGAUCAAGACCCAGUGCUCAGGGACCCGGAUGGACCCUAAGAUCUGUCCUGGGGACCCUGACUUCAUCGCUUUCAUCAACAACAAUGACCUGUGGAUUGCCAACAUUAAGACCGGCGAGGAGAGGAGGGUCACCUACUGCCACAAAGGUCUGGAUAAUGUGAAGGAGGACCCCAAGUCUGCAGGUGUGGCCACGUUUGUCAUCCAGGAAGAAUUUGACCGUUUCACUGGCUACUGGUGGAGCCCCUUAGCAGUAGAAGACCCUGGUGAGGGAAAGACUCUGUAUCUAUUGUAUGAAGAGGUGGAUGAGACCGAGGUAGAGAUUAUUCAUGUUCCCUCUCCAGCGCUGGAGGAGCGAAAGGCAGACGCAUAUAGAUAUCCUCGUACAGGCAGCAAAAAUCCCCAGGCCACCCUUAAACUGGCAGAAAUUAAGACAGACCAUCAAGGAAGAAUAAUGAGCACACAAGAUAAAGAGCUGGUUCUCCCCUUUACUUCCCUGUUCCCUGGGACAGAAUACAUUACCAGAGCAGGCUGGACAAGUGACGGCAAAUAUGGCUGGGCGGUGCUACUGGAUCGUAGUCAAAGGCGCCUGCAGUUGGCUCUUCUUCCACCAGCCCUCUUCAUCCCUGUCACAGAUGACCCUACUCAGAGGCAAGACAGUCUGGAGGCCCUCCCCGGCAGCAUACAACCAUACAUAAUCUACGAAGAGACCACUGACGUCUGGAUCAAUGUGCAUGAUAUUUUUUAUCCAUUCAUUCAAACAACAGACGAUGAGUUCACUUUCAUAUGGGUCAAUGAAUCUAAAACAGGCUUCAGUCAUCUGUACAAAAUCACUUCCUUGUUGCAACCGGGCUGCCACCACUGGGCAGGCGACUACCAGCACGUAGAGGGAGACUUCAAAUGUGCAAUUAAGGAGGAAGUUACACUGACCAGUGGAGAAUGGGAGGUUCUGGCUAGACAUGGCUCCAAGAUCUGGGUGAAUGAGGCGACCAAGCUCGUGUAUUUCCAGGGAACCAGAGACACGCCUCUGGAGCAUCACCUGUAUGUUGUAAGCUAUGACUCACCUGGGGAUGUAGUGAGACUGACCAAGCCUGGCUUCUCUCAUAGCUGCUCCGUUAGUCAGAACUUUGACAUGUUUGUCAGCCACUACAGUAAUGUCAGCACACCCCCCUGCGUCCAUGUCUACAAGCUGACUGGCUCAGAAGGCAACCCUCUACAUAUAGUCCCUGAGUUCUGGGCCAGCAUGAUGGAGUCACCAGGUUGCCCAGGAGAUUACAACCCACCAGAGAUCUUUGACUUCCCAGGGAGAUCAGGCUUCCAGUUGUAUGGGAUGGUAUACAAGCCUCACAACUUGCAACCUGGCAGGAAACACCCUACAGUUCUCUUUGUCUAUGGUGGCCCACAGGUUCAGCUGGUUAAUAACUCGUUUAAGGGGAUCAAGUACCUGCGUCUGAACACGCUGGCCUCUCUGGGCUAUGCUGUGGUGGUCAUUGACGGGAGGGGGUCCUGUCAGAGGGGCCUAGAUUUUGAAGGAGCCCUGAAAAACAAAAUGGGCCAGGUAGAGAUUGAAGAUCAAGUAGAGGGACUACAGUACGUGGCAGAGAGGUUUAACUUUGUGGACCUGAGCCGCGUUGCCAUACACGGCUGGUCCUAUGGGGGCUUCCUUUCCCUCAUGGGCCUCAUCCAGAGACCCAAUGUCUUCAAGGUGGCUAUUGCCGGUGCCCCAGUAACUGUAUGGAUGGCCUAUGAUACAGGCUACACAGAGCGCUACAUGGAUGUACCUGAGAACAACCAGCAGGGCUACGAGGAGGGCUCUGUGGCAUUGCACGUUGACAAGCUGCCCAGCGAGCCCAACCGCUUGCUGAUUCUCCAUGGCUUCCUGGAUGAGAACGUGCACUUUUUCCACACCAAUUUUCUAGUGUCACAGAUAAUCCGUGCCGGAAAGCCCUACCAGCUACAGGUCUACCCCAAUGAGCGGCACAGUAUCCGCUGCCCUGAGUCUGGAGAGCACUACGAGAUCAUGCUGCUGCACUUUUUACAACAAUACCUCUAAAGCUGAGACAAGAGGAGAGAAGUGAAGUCUAAAUGUCCUUUCUGUCCUUUGGUGCACCCUAAUCCUACCCCAACACUAUCCCUAACAGCCCACCCUUUCAUAGACUAUCAGAGACACUUUGCCACACACCCCUCCCUCCAAAAUACGAACUGGACAAUCCACUACCCAAAUAAUCCUUCUUCUUCUUUCAACCUUUGUCCUGCCUUGUUCUGUUACUCGCUUGCUCUGCCCCCCCCCCAUGCCCUCUCUCUCCCGUGUACAGUCUGGGGUAUGGUUUACUAGAACACAGUUUCAGUGUCUCACCUGGAAGACUGAACAAAGGAUAUAUGUAGAAAUAUACGCAGGUUGCGUCACAUUGACCCAUCGCUCACCCACGUCCUCAUCUCUGGAACUAUGAUUGUUUUGCCAAAUGUUUUUGUUUGAUUUUUUUUUUUUUUUUUUGUUCCCUGUUUUAGUCGCUCGAGUCAGUGGUAGGAAUGGGGGCAAAUUACUCAGAUAUAAUAUGGAAUCUAUACAUCUAUUUGCAGACAAUUUCUUAUACAAGUAUAAACACACAUGCACAAUACAUGCAGUUUAUUUCAACAUGUGUAAACACCCUUACACUCUUUCAUGUGCUCGCACACAGAAUCGCAAUAUUCAUACCCAGUGUGAGUAUAUACCUUGGAGGUUGCGUAAUGAUGAAGAAAGGAAGAAAAACCAGGGCUCUUCCUCUUAUCAGCUAAUUUUAAUUAAGUAUUGUUUAGAAUAAAUAUUUUUAUGGAUUUUUAUUCUUUUAUAAUGAGCAUCAGUGGAAGCCGCUCAUUGGUAAUUUUGGGCCGUUUUCUCUCUCCCUCUCGCAUUACGUCACUCCAAGUGUCUGCUUGCCUUCUUAAGACAUACUUCAUGAUGUUUGCCAAAGUACCUCCUGACUCUUGAUCACGCUGGUGUUUUCCUUUUUUACUGCAAUAAAGACAACAGAAAGGUGAGCAGUGGAGUCUUAAAAACAGCUUUGUACCACCGGAAUACAAUUUGUACAUGGUAAUGAAUAAAUGUAUGAAGAAAUAACUUUUUAUCAUUUUGUGUGUUCUUCCGCUGUGGUGUUUGAUUCCAGCCUUAGAUGUGAGCUGUGAGGUAUUGUCACUGAGAUGCCACACGUCAUUGUUCUGUUGUGCUGCACAUGUUAAGUACAUGCAGCCUAUUGCAGGAUACAAGCUUAUUCGCUUGCCGAAGA